UUAAUCUCACCGAUCGGUGGUGCGACCGGUUUCCAAUUACCUUACCUGCAGCCAACAACUUUCGUCCUUCUUCACCGGUAUUAUUUUUGUUGACAAUAAGAAGAUCGACUUUCCAACACCAUGCCAGCAUGUCAUCACUGAGAUCGUCGCCUCCUCCAAUGGUGCCUCCCGCGGGAGAAAAUACCGAAAUGGUGGACAUCGAGCAGCCACACAAACACGAUGUUUUGUGCGGUAGAGGGGUGACAACUAACCGGUUUCCCGGAAACGAGUCUUUUCGAAGCCUCGUGAGCCUGAACAAGGAACUGUACGUGACGAGCACAAAGAGACAGAAGAUGUCCAUCUCUCGAUCAAUUGUGGAAGCAGUGAGGUCUCUGAAGCCUCCGGGGCGUUUCCUGGAAAAGAAUCCUGUCACGGGAAUGUGGUCAGAUAUUGGGGACAGAAAGGCUAUUGAAAAGACCAGUCAAGCUCUGCGGGAUGGUGCAGCAGGUCUUCGAAAGGAGCUGUCUGAAGAUCUGGGCGACCCUGACUUCCUAAGUGGCUUGUUUGACAUGGACAAAGCUUCAGCCAAGGCAAAACCAACAUCGCCCACCGCCAAAGGUGCGAAGGAAAAACCAGUCAAGGCAAAGCCAACGAAAAAGGGCCACCGCAGAACAAGAUCCAAUCCUUCGGCGGUGACCAAAGCCCCCGCGAAAGUCCUUCACAAGCAAAAGUCACAAGGUGCAGAGGCAGAACCUAGUCCCGAGGGAGCAUCUAUCCGAUCUUUGCCACCGCAACCAAUGUCUCCUACAUCCCCGAGGUCUUCGGUAGUCUCUCCUCCUGGAGGAGGCUGGUCAGUCCGUUUUCCACCGGGGAGUAGACCACCUCCCAGAGGGCCCUAUCCACCUCCGCCGACUCCGGAAGGUGCCAUUCCGUACAAGCCUUCCCGCCCAUAUCACCGCAGUCAUUCAUAUCAUAUGACUCCGCAACACCAUGGCCCACCAAGACCUCCCCCGCAUCAUCCGCAUUCAUGGAGUCAUGCACCGCCACGAUAUCCAGGACCCACGUCUCCUCCAACCGUGGUCCACACGCCCAACUCUCCGCUGCCACCGGGCAGACACCAGCUCACUCCGAAUGGUUGCAUUUCCAAGCCACCACUCUCUCCAAUCGUGCCGCCUCCUCGCUGGUCUCCACGACAUUUUUCACGACAUCACCCGGGCCCAUCGUAUCCACCUCCCCCGCCCCCGGAUUACAGGCAUGAUUAUCCUCCUCCGCCGCAUCCGGGGCAUCCUCAUGAGUAUGGAGGACGUGCUCAUCACCCUGAAUUUUGGCCCCCUCCUCAUCCACGCCAUCACCACAGUCGCCCUCCUCGUUACCACGAUCACUACGACUACUACCAUGAGCACCAUCACGAAGGUCUGGAUGUGCCAAGGCUAGGCGAACGGGAUCAUCACUACCAUCCGAGCUAUCGAGGUGCACGGGAACCCAUCUCGGAAGCUCCACAAACGCCGCCUCGAGAGUUUAGUCCGCCUGUGACACCUUCUCGGCGACGAAAAUCGGAGAGACCUUCGUCAUCCGCUUCGUCUCCUUCCGCUUCGUCACCAGCUUCCUCUGCUGGCAUGUCGCGAAGAUCACCAGCGCACGAGGUAGUCAAGUCAAGCGACCGCAUGAGUGAUGCGUCAGAAGGAACUCGCAACUCGGUUGUAAUCUGCGAGAAAAGCCGCGCAACGAAGGACGACGCUACCCAGAAAACAAUGAUGUCCCCACUGUCAGAAGCUGAUGGAGGAGGAGAUGUCGACAUGGCUGAGUGCCGCAUUUCGGAGGAGCAGGAACGAGAAGACCCCGCACCUCUCAGACAAGACGUUCAUAUUAUUUCAGUCGUCCACCAGCUUGACGACACAACUGGCGAAGGCGAAGCCAUUGAGUUCAUGCUCAAAGAUCCAGCUGACGAUGAAUACGAUUUCUCGCCAUUACCGUUCGAGAGAGAAGAUCCAACAACACUCAUGGAACUACCAGACGACAUUCUUCAUCUUCCAAUCUCAUCUUGUGGUCCACACGACGACUGAGACCCGAAAGCUGAACCAAAUCGAACCAAGCAGAAAAGAUUGAUAGCAAGGGCUGACUAUUAGUACAACAAGCGGCCUAACGAGUGCAUACUUCAAAUGGAAUAUAGACAUAACACUACAUCACAAGCAAAGCUGAAUUAUGACAUAUAUCUUUUACUAGUAGUAUCUAACUAAUACAAGUAGUACGGCAUUGCUUCAUCUGUUUA